AUGGGGGAUCUGCAACAAAUCCGGGAUGCGUUUGGCCUCGCCAACGACUUCCUAACCCCGGUACUUGAUCGAGAGCAAAUACGAAAAACUCAGGGAACCUCAUUGCUCGGUAUCCUGAGCCAGACAUCAGUGGGUGAUGCUGCCAAUGACGAUGUGUCGAGACCGGCCAUCAUCGGAAAGGCCUUGGAUAUCUUGGCCGGUAUUCAUGCAUCCUUUGCUUCCUCUGACGGUGGAGAUCCAUCUCAACAACUCGCUACAGAAGGCGAAGAUAUGGCCAUGGAAGACGCCAAGCGACGCCGGAUGCUCCAUGCACUGCUAGACUUGAUCUCUUUGGAAGGAAUAUAUCCCUCGCUCUCAUCUGGCGUUGGGAUCCCUCUUCAACAGCGAGUGAUGUCAGUUCUACCAGCGGGGGUCAUUGCAAAGCAAGUCGAGACCGUUGCUAGCAGUGUACCCCGCAACGUGACUCUCUUACGCCGGAUCAUAGACGUCUUGGUGGAUAUUAUUUUUGAUUCGAGGCCAAGCAUUCAGCCGGUAAUUCGCGGUCGUAUCCUCAGCGACAUCAUCAGCGGCGCCUCCGAUCUUGCCUUCAACCCGCAUUCCACACCGUCAUAUGACAAGGGCAUCUAUCGAAACGCAUUGGCCAAGAUCAUCGAAGAUACUCCUACUACAGUCUUGCUACCCGCGCUGUCUAAUUUCCUACAAUCUGACAUCACGCAAUGGUUCAAGACAACCGUUUCUGGUCAGAUCUCGCACGUUCCAUUACGACCAGGUGGAGUAGUGCAAACCAUCAUGUUCAUCGCUUCGCAAUUUGCACCAUCGUUGGGCCAAGAGGCCCAAUACCAAUCCAGCGGGCCUCAUUUGACGGUGCAAGCGAUCAUGCAAAUUUCGCGGCUUCUGUCUUCUGUGCCCCACGAUGUUGAUUCGGUUGUGUAUUUUGAGAAGAUUGCCCCGCAACUACUUGCCUUGAUUGACGGAGAAGAUCUAGAUCUGAGGAAGACUGCUUCCUAUGUUGUCGGCAAUGGCAUUCUGGGAAAACGUGCUUAUGGAGCACCUGGUACUAUCGGCCAUUUGAUAUUUGUGGAGCCAAUCUUCAAAGCACUAGGAGGAGAACUAGAUGCUAAAUCCAAGCGAUGGAUGACCCGUUUCUCCGACAUUGAGGGCUCCAUGCCAGACGUCACAGAAGGGAGCCCCGCAUCUAAUAUGUUGGUCGAUGGGGCAACAGUCAAUCUGGCGAUCAACCGAAUAAGAUGCUUGACACUGCAACAUCCAAACCCAGGCCUGGUGAAACGGCUUGUUUACCCAAUUCUUCUUCCUUUAUGGGGACUUGCUUGUGCUUCCCAGGAGGAACAAUUGUCCAUCAUUUAUGAACGGGUGUUGCCGCUGUUACAAACAUAUUUCGGUAUCUCCGUAGGGGUACAACCCCUCAAAAAGAUUGUCGACAAUCUUCUAUGGGAUGGUGGUCUGACGUGGACAUAUGUUAAGGACUCAGACGACCAACUGGCUUUGAAAAAGCGAACAGAAGAGCAUAACGAUCAUUCCAACUUCAUCAAGUUAAUUGAUUCCCUGCAAACACGCGCUGAGCUGUUUGUUAGUCUGCUAGGUUCAGACCCGAGCAGUGAAGAGAUAACUGGGGAUAUCUUUCUCUAUGUUAGUGAAAGGUGGCUUGUGCAGCCGCAGCAUUCAACACGGCCUCAGAACACCCCGGGCGAAGGACCUAUUGGUGAGAAUGAUAAUCUCAUCCGAAGCCUUGUCAGUGCCAAGGUCGCCGAGAAAUUGCUCGACAACUUUAAAGAAACGCUUUCUCGACGUCCGCUCCGCGUCUUAGAGCUGAUAAAACAAGUUAUUGAUGGAGAGCUUCAUAAACUCAAUGCACAAGCAGCGGCGAAACAAGGAACUGAAGCUGGCAAGGUGUCUUUGUCCAGUUUGGCCAAUAUCGUAGAGAGUGAAAACAAUGACAACGGGGAUACUCCCGGCAAUGACUCCUUUGAGUCAUUGACAACAGCAUUCAGUUUGCUUUCUACUGUUAUUGCAUCGCCAGACUUCUCGCCGUCAGAAGAUAUACUGCCCCUCUUGAAAUCUCUAAAAGGCGGCAUUGAUCAACUCAUCCCUCUUCUUCCUUCCUCUCUUUCCAAACCUGGCAUGACAUCUUCCAUGCUUCUCGAAAUCCAGAUCGCAUCACCAGAGCAUACAGGAGUCAAGCCGACGCCUGCCCACAUCUCAGAUCUUGAUACUCAUCGUCAAGCUUUGGCGAAUCUCAACUCAAACCUACCACCAGUACAAGCGGAGGGAUUGUCGCUCCUCUCAAAACUCAUCAUGAAUUCGUCACCCGUUCUGGAUGUCCCCUCAUCCAUGUCAAUACUUCUCGCUGUCAUCACCGAUACGUCGGGGGUCGCCGCGCCUGAACAAUACAUCUACUUAAACGCCAUCAAGAUCGUUGGUACAUUGGCAGCACGUCACCCUCGCACGGUGGUGAAGACCUUGAUCGAUACCUAUGCCGAUAGAGCUGAGAUUACGAACCUUGAUGAGCGACUCAAAGUAGGCGAGGCUUUGUUGCGAACGGUGCAAGAUUUAGGCGAGGCACUAACCGGCGAGACGGCGAAAAUCCUCAGUGAGGGCCUCAUCGCUGUGGCAGGCCGCCGUCAGCUCAAGCCUCAAGCGCAAAAGUCUCGCGAGCGACGGCUUGAGAAAGAACGCCGUAAGAAGGAACGCGAAGAGCGCAAGGCAAAGGAAGAUGCCCUCCCUCCCGGCUGGUCCAUGUCUUCAGCUAUCAACAAGGCUGCCACGGAACUGAACCUUGUGGACGAGGACUCAGACACUGAAUCCCCUGAGCAAGCUGCGCACGCCGCAAAUGUCAUUGCUGCAUGGGCCGCCGGUGCCUCUACUGAUGAACAACCAGACGAUCUCCGUAUCCGCGCGUCGGCCCUCUCCAUUCUUGCCUCCGCCAUCCAGACAAACAUCAUCGGUCUUGGCCCUGCUAUUGUUUCCUCGGCUGUCGACCUCGCCCUUGGAACUCUCACUCUUGAGCCUGGAGUCGAGAGUGCCAUUCUCCGCCGUGCAAGUGUCGUCCUCAUUCUAGAUACUUUGAAAGCACUAGAAACCGCACGCGAGGCACGCGGGGGGCAGGACAUCGGAUUUGGAUUUUCCCUCUCUGAUGGGACAAUUCCUCAAGGUUCCAACUCAGGCGGACAUUCCACCAUCGGUAACAUCCCCACCAUGCUGCGCACCCUUGGGUUCGUCGAAAGUCGGGAAGAGGACGGAAUUGCCCGUGGACAUCUCCGCGCAUUGAUCGAGAGCUUGGAAGUCUGGAUGGAGAAAUCGUUAAUGUGGGCUAUUGGUGCCCAUGAUGACCAGGAGACAUUCAAUCCUCAAUUUGGACUGUCUGAUAGGAUCGAGGGUCUGAAAGUGAACCCCCUGGGUGGUCAGGACGGCGCAGGACGGCCCCGAAUCGAGGAGAUUGAGUGA